CCUACAAUAUCGGACGGAGUAUAAGAUAAUUGUGCUGCGACAGUACGGAGAAAUACAAGGAAUUUCGUUUAUACUCUUAAUAUACGGAAUCAAAAAUACCGGUUUAAAUUCAACAAACUAUCGCUCAAUCGUAGUCUCUCUAUAUUUCGAUUGUACCUAAUAGAAUACCAAACUUCACAAAAUCUUCACUAUAAUUCAACGAUUCUUAAGAUAUAGCUACGCAGUGAUCAAAAGGCAAAUAUAACAAACAAAUAAAAUGAAGAGAGUAAAAUGUCAUUCUUCGUUGUGACUGCUUCUAACGUAUCAAUAGACAGGAAGAAAUAAAGGGAAUAAUAAAUUUCUUAAUGCAGAGUUAAGGAAUGUUAAAGGAAAUUACUUGGAACGCUAAAAGAAAAGUCACCCAUCUUCAUUUAUGUGUAUAGACAGAAGCGAUAGCGGCACGUGAGAUAUUAUUGGAAACACGAACAAUAGAAAUUUUUAUUCUUACACGUUGCGUUUGCCAAGAUAUUCCGACUUACCGCAUAUGAAUGCAUGACUCAAAGAGAAUGGAUUUCGAAAAUGUGAAUCUUUUAAACAGUCGCGUGAACAUGCUCUCAGGGAAUUUAUUACCGAUAGCAACCGAUAGUUCGCGGUUUUCGGUAAUCUGGCGUACUCACAGCGUCGCCGUAUGGUUAAUAGAAUUAACCCACAUCAUCGCGUUAAUCGUUGGGAUUAUCUUAACGCCGAAAGAAAAGGGUUUGAAAGACGGUACUGUCGCUGUCGUGGUCCACCUGGAGGCGCUUUUUAUGCUUAUGAGUCUUUACUCACGCAAGAAGCUGAUGGAGGAAAUAAUCCAGAAAAUGAACAAAAUUUUACAAAGCGCGGACGAGAUCAUGAAAGAUAUCGUAAAGUCCGCCAUAAAGCCCAUAAUAAUGCCGUUUAUGAUAUAUGGAGUGACCAGCAUGAUAUCUGUCGCGAUAUGGACUAUACAGCCGGUUCUAUUGGUUUUCGAGAAGUCCACCUUUUUCUAUGUAGAUUACAAUUUACCAGCUGCUUUCAGUCCCGAGCCGUUCUCCAGCCGCAUUCUAAUUCCUACGACCAUUAUUAUGACAAUUGGCAGCCUUUAUCAGUUUCUUCGAAAAUUCAGUGUGGAUAUAUAUAUGAUGCACUUAGUAUUAAUGUUAACGGCACAGUAUCGAUACAUGGCAGCAAAACUUGUGAUACUAUUUAAGACUUUACAGAACGGUCACAACGAAUUUCGAAACGAACGUCAUUCUGCGGAAGAUCGAUGGAUGGAGAGGGAACUAAAAAAAUUAUGUCAGCACCAGAAUACUGUUUUAAACAUGUCAUUUAUAUUAAAGAAGCUUCUGUCUGUAAACUUCAGUCUACUUUAUGUCAAUAACGUGUUUCGCUUCUGUUUUAUAGGUAUCAUGAUGACUACAGUACCAUCGCUGUCCUUUGCCGAAGGAAUUUCGGUCACAUUUUUUGCAAUGGGUUCGCUAUUGCAAUUUUUUUUGUUAUGUUCUUCUGUACAAACAUUAUCAGAUGCAAGUACUGAAAUAACAGAUAAAGCAUUUGAUGAAGGCUGGCAUCAAUUUGGACCAUCAAUGAAACGUACAUUUAUUUUAUUGAUUAUGGCUAAUAACCUAGAAUGCAGAAUUGCGGCGAUUGAAAAGUUUAACCUGUCUCUACCUUCAUUUAUGACGAUCAUGAAUCAAUCAUAUUCAAUCGCUCUUCUGUUUUUAAGAGCAAAAUGAAAAAAUAUAUUGUACUGUUUUGAAUUUAGUAGAUAUAAAAUAGAAAAUGAUUAUUUAAGAAGAAAAAAAGGAUAAGUAUUUUAUAGGAAGUUUAGAGGAAGUAUGUAAAUGAAUUUAUUUUGCAUAAUAAUUUAAAAAUUAUGAUUACAUAACAAUAUAAUGAAUUAUGUUGGUUGGAAAAAUUGCGUGAAUGUAUUGCUUAAAAAUUG